AUGGCUAGGGAAGCCAUCUUUGAAAUCUCUGCCUGUCCUGUAACUGCUAUGGAGGCUGUCUGCGAAUCCUCUUUCUGUCCUGUCACGGCUAUGGAGGCCGUCUAUGAACUCUCAUCCUGUCCUGUCAUGGCUAUGAAGGCUGUCUGCAAAUCCUGGUUCUGUCCUGUCAUGGCUAUGGAGGCCGUUUAUGAACUCUCGCCCCAGUUUCUGCCAUGGGUCCCGGGCCCAUCUGCUCCACCCUGGUGGGCUCCAGCUUUGUCUGCUCCUGGUCUUGUGGACUCCAGUUCCAUCUGGUCCACUCUGGUGGGCUCCAGCUUUGUCUGCUCAGGCCUGGUGGGCUCCAGCUUUGUCUGCUCUAGACUGGUGGGCUCCAGUUCCAUCUGUUCUGUUCCGAUCAAAACAUUAAACAGGUUCUCCCCACUCAGUGAUGCACCCACUGAGAAACCUGAUGAAAGUGCUCUAGUUAUUGGUGAUUCUAUUGUACGGAACGUGAAUAUAGAGACACCAGCCACCAUAGUCAAAUGUUUACCGGGAGCCAGAGCGCCUGACAUCUUGGCAAAUUUAAAAGUGCUGGCUAAUGCUAAACGUAAAUACAGUAAGAUUGUUAUUCAUGCCGGCGCUAAUGAUGUUCGACUUCGCCAGUCGGAGAUCACUAAAAAUAACAUUAAAGAGGUGUGUGAACUUGCAAGCACGAUGUCAGACACUGUAAUAUGCUCUGGUCCCCUCCCUGCUUACCGUGGUGAUGAGAUGCAUAGCAGAUUGUCAUCACUCAAUGGCUGGAUGUCUAAGUGGUGCCCACAGAAUAACAUAGGUUUCAUAGACAAUUGGACGAGCUUUUGGGGCAGACCUGACCUGUUUAAAAGAGAUGGUCUUCAUCCCUCCUGGGGUGGCGCCACUCUUCUCUCUAGAAAUAUGGCAAAU